AUGUCAACUGCUGAUGUUCCAGACAUGACGCUCAUAGUAGGGCCAAUCUAUCUAGGUGUCAUAGUUGGUUACCUUGUAUUUGGCAUCUCCAUAGUGCAGUUGUAUAUAUAUUACGUCUCUUUCUCGAAAGAGAACAGGUGGAUCGUUGGCUCAGUCUACGGCGUGUUUCUUGCGGACCUCCUCCAGAGCAUCACUAUAGCCGCCAUGGGUUGGAGGUUUGGCGUGUCGGGUUGGGGUCACCCAGAACUCCUACAAUUUCCCGGAUGGCCUCUUGUCAUCGUGCCCGGUAUCUCAAGUUUGGUUGCUGCGUGGGUACAAGCAUUCUAUGCUUGGCGCAUUUACCGAUUCGGGGCGUGGAGAAUCAUACCUAUUACCAUCAUCUUCUUUGCCUUAGCGCAAACAGGGGCCGCAUGGGGUAUAGGUAUCCAGUUUGCCAUCAUGAAGAAUGUCGAAUCACUACAUCUACCUUCGAUGUUUGCUCGCACUAUCAUUUGGCUCGGCGGUGGUUCCAUUGCGGAUUUGCUGAUCAUGUGCUCUAUGGUCAAACUCCUCAUGGCUGCUCGCAAUCGCGAUAAUGGGAUCUUGAAAACGGAGCUGCUCAUCAAUAAGCUCCUUCGCCUGACUGUCGAAACUGGAUUUGCAUGUGUUAUGACUGCUGUCGUCGAGCUGAUACUUUUUCUGGUCUAUUCCGACAACAACCUUCAUCUUUUCUUCUCCGUUCUGCUGAGCAAAGUUUACGCCGUAACGCUAAUGGUGAACCUCAACUCGCGCAGAACCAGGCUCUGGAACAGAACGGCGACUGAAGAUCCAAUGACCUUGCCUACAAGUAUCUUCUCUGUGGCCGGCAUAGAGUCCCGUCAACCCGUGCAUCCAACGGUGGUCCAUGUAACGUCACAGGUUGAGCAAAGUUCCGAAGGUUCAUAUGAUAUGCCGAAGCCGCAUCCUCGGUUUGAAGAAGAGCUUGAGCUGCAUCCCACACGCAAAUUCCCCCAUGCUGCGAGCAUCGACUUGCCCCGCUCGUAG